UAGCUUACUCACCAAUCAAACUUGAGCUUUGAUGUCGACCGUUCGCGGUCUUUGCUAAUAGCUGAAAAUUUUACCGAGUUGUAUACAAUCUCCUCUGUCGUGUCACUCGCCGCUUUAGGCUAUGUGUUACUCAGUAACUAAAUAAGUUUUGAAUCCCGUCCCGUAAUUUAUUGUAGAAUUCGUAUUACUUCCCAGAUUUCUGGGUUUUCUUGGUCACUGCUGAACUCCAACCACCGGCUCGCAAGAUGGCGGAUUCGGCUACCAUGCUGGAUGUGCAGGCUAAUCCUGAAUUAAAGUAUUUGAUCGUUGACAGAAAUUUUGUCAAUGAUCCAUCCAAACAAGCAGAAUGGACAGCAAAAAAAUUAGUUUGGGUCCCUCACGAAACGCAAGGUUUUGUAGCAGCGAGUAUUGUCUCCGAGAAGAAAGAUGAAUUGGAAGUUGAAAUCGCUGAGACAGGUAAAAGAUGUGUUGUGAACAAAGAUGAUGUUCAGAAAAUGAAUCCACCAAGAUUUAAUAAAGUUGAGGAUAUGGCCGAACUUACUUGUUUAAAUGAACCUUCCGUGCUGUACAAUUUGAAGGACAGAUAUUAUUCAGGUUUGAUCUAUACCUACUCUGGCCUCUUCUGCGUCGUAGUCAAUCCAUACAAGAAGCUUCCUAUCUAUACUGAGAAAGUUAUUGAGCUGUACAAAGGUAAAAAACGACAUGAAGUGCCUCCACAUAUUUUCGCUGUCACGGAUGGCGCCUACCGUAGCAUGUUGCAAGAUCGUGAGGAUCAAUCAAUUUUGUGCACGGGUGAAUCAGGAGCCGGAAAGACUGAAAAUACCAAAAAAGUUAUUCAGUACCUUGCCUAUGUUGCAUCGUCGAAACCCCGAUCAUCAUCAGCCUCGCAUUCAUAUAAUGCACCACCUAAUAUAAUUGGGGAACUAGAACAACAACUUUUGCAAGCUAAUCCUAUUCUUGAAGCUUUUGGGAAUGCGAAAACUGUGAAGAAUGAUAACUCUUCUCGAUUUGGAAAAUUCAUUAGAAUUAAUUUUGAUGCCUCAGGUUUCAUUGCUGGUGCUAAUAUUGAAACAUACCUUCUAGAAAAAUCCAGAGCAAUUCGUCAAGCCAAAGAUGAAAGGUCAUUCCAUAUUUUUUAUCAGCUUCUUCAAGGAUCUUCAGCAGAAGAGAAGAAGGAGUUCCUUUUGGAAGAUCCAAAGAAUUAUUCAUUUUUAUCCAAUGGUCAUAUACCAGUUCCUGGUGUUGAUGAGUUACAAGAAUUUAGAGCAACUUGUAAUGCCAUGUCCAUUAUGGGACUUCAGAAAGAGGAUUUACAUUCUAUUUUCCGUGUUGUAUCUGCUGUUCUACUAUUUGGAAAUAUGAAAUUUAAGCAGGAACGUAAUUCCGAUCAAGCUACUUUGCCAGAUAAUACUGUUGCACAGAAAGUCAGUCAUUUAUUGGGAUUAAAUGUAACAGAAAUGACGAAAGCUUUCUUAAAGCCUCGUCUUAAAGUGGGACGAGAUUAUGUCACCAAAGCUCAAACGAAAGAGCAAGUUGAGUUUGCUGUUGAAGCUUUAAGCAAGGCCUGUUAUGAGAAGAUGUUUAAAUGGCUAGUGACUCGCAUCAACAGAUCUCUUGAUCGAACUAAAAGACAAGGUGCAUCAUUCAUUGGCAUCCUUGAUAUUGCUGGCUUUGAAAUUUUUGAGCUUAAUUCUUUUGAACAAUUAUGCAUCAAUUAUACCAAUGAGAAACUUCAGCAGCUGUUCAACCACACAAUGUUUGUUCUGGAACAGGAAGAAUACCAAAGGGAAGGUAUUGAAUGGAGAUUUAUUGAUUUUGGCUUGGAUCUUCAACCUACUAUUGAUUUAAUUGAAAAGCCUAUGGGUAUUCUUGCGUUAUUGGAUGAAGAAUGUUGGUUCCCCAAAGCAACUGAUAGAACUUUUGUUGAUAAAUUGGAAACUGCCCAUGCUAUGCAUCCUAAGUUUGUAAAGUCUGAUUUCCGAGGAAACUGUGAUUUUAGUAUAAUUCACUAUGCUGGUAAAGUAAAUUACUUGGCAACUCAGUGGCUUAUGAAAAACAUGGAUCCAUUGAAUGAUAAUGUUGUAUCUCUUUUACAAACCUCUCAAGAUCCUUUUGUUGUUCAGAUUUGGAAAGAUGCUGACAUUGUUGGAAUGGGUGUAGCCACAUUAGGUGAUACUACUUUUGGUGCUAGAACCAGAAAGGGAAUGUUCAGAACUGUUAGUCAGUUGUAUAAAGAACAACUAUCUAAAUUAAUGGUGACACUUCGAAACACUAAUCCUAACUUUGUUCGUUGCAUCAUACCAAAUCAUGAAAAGAAGGCUGGAAAAAUAGAUCCGCCAUUGGUAUUAGAUCAAUUGAGAUGCAAUGGAGUACUAGAGGGUAUUCGAAUUUGCAGACAAGGUUUCCCAAAUCGAAUUCCUUUCCAAGAAUUCAGACAAAGAUAUGAAUUGCUGACUCCAAAUGCUAUUCCAAAAGGAUUCAUGGAUGGUAAAUUGGCCUGUGAAAAAAUGAUUCAAGCUUUGGAUUUGGAUCCUAAUUUGUAUAGAGUAGGCCAAAGUAAAAUUUUCUUCCGUGCUGGUGUUUUGGCUCAUUUAGAAGAAGAAAGAGAUAUGAAGAUUUCUGAUUUGAUAGUGCAAUUCCAAGCAUGUUGCCGAGGUCUAAUAGCUCGCAGGAAUUACCAGAAGAGAUUACAACAACUGAGUGCAAUCCGCAUAAUUCAGAGGAACUGCUCUGCUUAUUUGAAACUGCGCAAUUGGUCUUGGUGGAGGUUAUAUACUAAAGUGAAGCCUUUACUUCAGGUAACUAAACAGGAAGAAAAAUUGAAUGAGAAAGAAGAUGAGUUGAAGCAGGUGAAAGAAAAAAUGGAAAAAGUUGAGCAAGAGGCUCAAGAAGUAGAAAAGAAAUUACAACAGGUUAUUGAGGAGAAAAACACGCUAGCAGAGCAACUUCAGGCAGAAACUGAAUUAUGUGCAGAAGCAGAAGAAAUGAGAUUGCGUCUUGCUGCAAGAAAACAAGAAUUGGAAGAGAUUUUACAUGACUUGGAAGCUAGGAUAGAAGAAGAGGAAGAAAGAAAUCAAAAUUUGACUGCUGAAAAGAAAAAAUUGCAGUUGAAUAUUCAGGACUUAGAAGAACAGUUGGAAGAAGAAGAAGCUGCACGCCAGAAAUUGCAAUUGGAAAAGGUUACUUUAGAUGCUAAGAUUAAGAAAAUAGAAGAAGAUUAUGCUGUUCUCGAAGAUAGCAAUCAGAAAGUUGUGAAAGAGAAAAAAACAUUGGAAGAAAGAUUAGGAGAAGUUUCUCAAGCAUUAGCUGAAGAAGAAGAGAAGUCCAAACAUCUAAGUAAGCUGAAAGCAAAACAGGAAGCUACUAUUGUAGAUUUAGAAGAACGCCAUCGUAAAGAACAGCAGGUACGACAAGAAUUGGAGCGUGUUAAACGAAGAUUAGAAACUGAAUUGAAUGAUGUAAAAGAACAAUUUAAUGAAAAGAAAACUCAAGUAGAAGAAUUGCAACAACAGCUUGGGAAGAAAGAAAAUGAACUUAGUCAAGUUUUAUUAAGGGUUGAAGAAGAAGCAACAGGAAAAGCACAAGCUCAAAAAGCUCUGCGGGAACUUGAAAGUCAGCUCUCUGAGCUUCAAGAAGAUUUAGAUUCAGAAAGACAAGCUAGAGCAAAAGUUGAAAAGCAAAAACGAGACUUGAAUGAGGAAUUAGAAGCUUUAAGAAACGAAUUACUCGAUUCUGAGGAAAGUACAGCUGCUCAAGAAGAUCUGAGGUCAAAGAGAGAGCAAGAAUUAGCUCUUUUAAAAAAGACUCUUGAAGAAGAGACUUCUUCACAUGAAGCUCAAAUUAGUGAUUUGAGGCAAAAACAUAAUAGUGCUAUAGAGAGCCUUAAUGAACAGUUGGAUCUUCUGAAAAAGACCAAGAGUUCAUUAGAGAAAGCAAAGGGCAAUCUUGAAGCUGAGAAAGCUGAAUUGGUAAAUGAAGUAAAUGCUCUAUCUACUUCGAAACAAGAUUCUGAAAGGAAAAGAAAGCAAUUAGAAUUGCAGUUGCAAGACUUAUCUGCUAAGCUUUCUGAUGUGGAAAAAAGCCGAGCAGAUAAUAUGGAGAGAGCCCAGAAACUUCAGGCUGAAUUGGAAUCUGUAUCUGCCCAACUUGAAGAGUUAGAAACUAAAGCAACUGCUGCUACUAAGCAAGCUGCUGCCCUAGAAAAUCAAUUAGCUGAAUCACAAGACUUGCUUCAGGAAGAAACCAGACAGAAAUUAGCUCUAAAUUCUCGACUCAGGCAAAUAGAAAGUGAAAAGGAGAAUUUGCAAGACCAAUUGGAUGAAGAGGAAGAAGCAAAGAAGAACCUAGAAAAGCAAGUUUCUCUUCUAAAUUCUCAGCUGACAGAAUUGAAAAAGAGAGCAGAUGAAGAUGCUCAGCAAGUUGCUAUUCUUGAAGAAGUUCGCAAAAAGCAAGCCAAAGAUAUUGAGACCCUCCAAAGGCAAAUUGAAGAACUUCAAGCUCAGGAUGACAAAUUGGCAAAAUCAAAGAAAAAACUUCAGGCUGAGGUUGAAGAUUUGAAUAUGGAACUUGAAAGCCAACGGACCAAGGUUUCUGAAUUGGAGAAAAAACAAAGGAAAUUUGAUCAGUUGCUUGCUGAAGAGAAGGCUGUGUCUGAAAGAAUAGCUCAAGAACGAGACAAUGCGGAGAGAGAAUCUCGAGAGAAGGAAACUAAAAUUUUGUCUUUAACCCGGGCCCUAGAUGAAAGUCAAGAUAAACUUGAUGAACUUGAAAGGCUUCGAAAGCAACUGCAGAUGGAACUUGAUGAACUGGUUAAUAGUCAAGGCACUGCUGAUAAAAAUGUUCAUGAAUUGGAAAAGGCAAAGAGAGCAUUGGAAAGUCAGUUGGCAGAGCAAAAGACUCAGCUGACAGAGUUGGAGGAUGAUUUGCAAUUGACUGAAGAUGCCAAAUUGAGACUUGAAGUAAAUAUGCAGGCUAUGAAAGCACAAUUUGAACGAGAUCUUCAAGCAAAAGAUGAACAAGCUGAGGAAAAACGAAGAGCUCUGUUGAAGCAGGUUCGUGAUUUGGAAGCAGAACUUGAGGAUGAAAGAAAACAGCGAACAGCUGCUAUUAGUGCAAGAAAAAAAGUCGAAGGAGAUCUAAAAGAUCUUGAACAACAACUAGAAUUAGCUAAUAAAGUGAAAGAAGAUGCCCUAAGGCAAUUGAAAAAAUUACAGAGUCAAUUGAAAGAUUACCAACGAGAUGCUGAAGCUGACCAUGCUGCUAAAGAGGAAUUGGCUCUUCAACUUAAGGAAGUUGAAAAGAAAGUAAAAACUUUUGAGGCAGAUAUGAUUCAGUUGCAAGAAGAUUUGGCUAAUUCAGAAAGAAUACGACGUGCUGCUGAGGCAGAACGAGAUGAGCUCCAAGAGGAAAUAAAUUUGGCUGCUUCUAGAAGUUCGCUUCUGCAGGAUGAAAAACGUCGUUUGGACGCUCGUAUUCAGCAAUUAGAAGAGGAAUUGGAAGAAGAGCAAAGCAAUUCAGAAAUUCUGAUGGAUAAAGCUCGUAAAGCACAAUCACAGAUUGAACAGCUGACUAAUGAUCUUGCUAGUGAACGCUCCAAUUCUCAGAAACUGGAAAAUAAUAGAAUGAUAUUGGAAAGACAGAACAAAGAGUUACGUGCCAAACUUCAGGAUCUUGAAACAUCUCAGAGGACCAGAACAAAAGCCACAAUAGCUGCUCUUGAAGCCAAAAUUUCUCAGAUCGAAGAACAGUUAGAAAUGGAAACAAGGGAAAGACAGUUACAAGCCAAAGCUAACAGAAAGUUAGAAAAACGUUUGAAGGAAGUGAUAAUGCAGUUGGAAGAUGAAAGACGACAUACAGAUCAAUAUAAAGAGCAGGUUGAAAAGGUGAAUGCAAGAGUGAAAGCAUUGAAGAGACAACUGGAUGAAUCUGAAGAAGAAUGUUCUCGAGAGAAGGCUCAGAGACGAAAAGCCCAGAGAGAGAUAGAAGACUUAAUAGAAGCUAAUGCAACUCUAAAUAGAGAGGCUAGUUCCCUCAAGACUAAACUUAAACGUGGAGGAGCCGGCGCUGGGCUUCCUACUUCCCGUUACUUAUCUACGAAACGUGGUUCUCUCAGCUCUAGCACUGGCGAUGACGGUUUGAUUCUCCCUGAUGAAACUCUAAAUGAUGACAGCCAAGCAUAAAAUACCAUUUUUGCCGAUCGAGUGCGAUGAAACAUUCCCAAGUGAUGCAACUUGUGGCUGAAAAGAGGCAUUUUGACAUCGGUUGCGAUUCAUGGUGCUGGACUGUAAAAUAUGCAUAAUAUGUAUAGCAUUAGAGAGGCUUGCGAUUGCCAUCAUUUUCAAAAGCAUCCAUGCAUUUAAUGACUGUGCAUGCAUUUGAAACUAUUUUCCCCUUUUUUAUAAGGAAAAAAAAAGAAUAACUUUAUUUUUUUGUCUAUGUUUCUUGUAUCGUUAUUUUUAUAUGAAAAAGUUUAUAUAUGCUAAAAUACCAUUUGAUAUGUAUAUGAAAGGCUUAUUACGUUAUUGUUUGCUAAAUGUUUUGAUAGAUGCACUUUUUUUCUUGUUAAAAAUAGCUUCAAGUGCUAGUUGUUUGCAAUCCAAGUAAUUAUUGUUGUUCGGUUGAGAUGAGAAUUCCUAAACUUUUUAGCAUUUAUUCUGGUUGCUUCAUAAAUUGAGAGAUGUGCAGUUAUUGUAUGAAGGAAAUUUGGAAAUAGUACUUAGAAUAUGAAAUUUAUAUAUUCUACCUCGUGAUAAUAGUUUCAGAAUAUGGUUGUGAGAACAUUUUACUAAUUUGGUAUUUUGUAAUUUUCUAGUAAAUACUUUUAAUGAAAAUUUUGACAAUCUGGUAGUUGUUAAUCGAAACUGUAUCGAGACUUAGAUUCAUUUAAUGUACUUAAAAUGAGGUAGAAUAAUUAUUAGAACAUUUUUCUGCAUAUCGUCAAAUGGAAACCGCUAGUCACAUUCAUACUUAAGAUAUAGGGAAUAAACUUAUUAAUGAACUUUUAAUCUGUUUGCUAUAAUACAACUUUAAAUUGCUAUUGCUUAAUGAUUUCUUUGUGGUUAUUGAAUUCAAAUUCUGAGAUUUUAUCUUGCUGCAAAUCAUUAAGUUUGAUAUUUUUAUUGAUAUAAACAAAUCAAAUGUAUAGAAAUUGUUUUAAUUGUCUGAUGCAGUUCAAAAUUCAAAUGUUUUUUUCUUUUGUCUAGAGAUUAAUAUUUAUUUUAUUUAUAAACUUAUUUUUAUUUUGGAUAUGUUUGAUAUACUGUGCAAAUUGAAGUAAUUUGUCUUGACCUUUUUUCUCUUAUUGUUGAUCUGCCAAAUUUUCUGUUUGUGUGAAUGUACAUGAAUGAGACUGCUUUGGAAGUAUUCAUUUCUCUUUUUUAAAAAAUAUUUCUCUGUACACGAAUUAAGUUCUGCAUUUUUAUAAAUUUUAUAUGUCAAGCAAUCAGAAUUUAAAUAAAUAUUUUACAGUUGAA